AUGAUGACAACCUCUCAGUUCCAGGUCAAAGAGCACACCAUCCCGUGUCAAUCCAUUCGAGAGUAUCAUCAUGCAGUGAAAGGAGUCGACCCUCCAUUGCAGUUAGCAGUCAAGCAAUACAUUCCGCUCAACAACCUCAACCCUAGCCCAGAUGAUAUUACAAUCAUUGCUGGACAUGCCAAUGGAAUCCCCAAAGAGUGCUAUGAGCCCAUCUGGGAUGAUCUCCUCAGAUUGACCCACGUGAAAAUCAAGGCAAUCUGGAUGGCCGACUGUUCUCAUCAAGGGGCCAGCGGGGUGCUAAAUGAGCAAAUCCUCGGAGACGACCCAAACUGGUUCGAUCAUUCCCGAGAUCUCUUACUCAUGGUCAACCAUUUCCGAGACCAGAUCCAACCUCCGAUCGUAGGAGUCGCCCAUAGCUUCAGCUGCUCACAACUCGUGCAUUUAUCGAUCAUGCACCCCCGCCUUAUACACAGUCAUGUCUUCCUGGAGCCCAUGAUCCAAGUGGAAAGUCCCAGCCAGCCCGGGGGCCCCAGUCCCGCUCUGUGGACCAGCUCCCGCACCGAUGCGUGGCCCUCCCAGCAAGACGCGGAGACUCACAUUCGCAGGAACGCAUUCUGGCGCCGAUGGGAUCCGAGGGCAGUGAAUGCGUACAUUCGAUUCGGGCUGCGGCGCGUUCCAACGUCGUCCUCGGGAACCGUAAUACUCACGACUACCAAGGCGCAAGAGGCCUGGACGUAUCUGCGGUUCAAUCCCACCCCACACGCGGGUAGCGAUAUCAUGGAGCGUUUCUUAAAUCCCGAUCUCGCCGUUACGGCAAAGGAAGGGAAUAAUCACAACCCGAACUACGUAACUGUGUGCCCGUGGUCGUGCAUUGCGUUUGAGUUUCUACCGUACGUGCGGCCGUCAGUUUUGUUUGUCUUCGGGGAGAAGAGCCAUAUUAAUAUUCCUGCGCGGCGGCGGGAUAAACUCGAGCGUAUCGGGACGGGGCUGGGGGGCAGCGGAGGCGUGGCAGCCGGACGCGCACACGCCGAGGUCCUCCCAGGCUCGUCCCAUAUGGCGCCGCUGGAGAAGGUGCAGGAUACAGCGCGGCUGAUAUCGCUCUGGCUGGAGGCACAACUGGAACUGUACUUGAAAGAAAAAUUGUUUUGGGAAUGCCAGCAUGACAGCGGGAAGUCAGGACAGGACGGGAGGGUCCUAUCGGCACAGUGGAUGAAGUAUAUGAAGGAGCCAGUGGAUACUAAGCGGCCUGCAAAGCCUCAUUUAUAG